AUGGCAAAUAAUACGACAGUAACAGAAUUUAUUCUCUUGGGCUUGUCUCAGAAUCCAAGGGUGCAGAGCAUCCUUUUCCUCAUUUUUCUUGCCAUUUACAUUACAUCCUGGCUGGGAAAUCUGACAAUCAUUACUAUUGUAAUUUUCAAGCCUCAGCUCCACACACCCAUGUAUUUCUUUUUGGCCAACUUGGCUGUCAUGGACAUCAGUGACUCCACAGUGACUUCUAUCAAAAUGCUGUGGGAUCUCAUCACCCAUACGAAUACCAUCUCUUAUAACUGGUGUAUUGCCCAAGUUUUCUUCUUCCAUUUUAUUGGGGGAGCUUUGACUUUUUUCCUAGUAGUAAUGGCUGUUGAAAGAUACAUAGCAAUCUACAAACCACUGCAAUAUUUGCUUAUUAUGCAUCAAGGAGUUUGUGUGGGUUUGGUGACAGGUGCUUGGCUGGGUGGUUUUGCCCACUCCAUUGUACAGGUAGCAUUAAUACUUCAGCUGCACUUCUGUGGACCCAACAUACUGGAUCAUUUCUUCUGUGAUAUAUCCCAGAUUGUCAAGCUGUCUUGUACUGACACAUACAUGACUGAGAUACUUUUUGUGCUCCUUGUGAUCAAGAUUAAAACACACAUGCUGGAAGGAAGGCACAAAGCCCUUUCUACUUGUGCUGCUCAGAUAAUAGUAAUAAGCAUAUAUUUUGGACCUUCAAUGUUCACUUAUAAUCAGCUUUUCAAAGUAUUUCCGGGUGAGAAGUUUGUUGCAGUAAUGUAUUCUCUCAUCACACCAGUGAUGAACCCAAUUAUUUAUACUUUGAGAAAUGCAGAAAUGAAAAAUGCUAUUAGAAAACUCAAAAGAAAAAUUUGGUCUCCUAGAAGGAUUAGUUAUUCUUCUUGCUGCUCAAAUUUCAGUUCAGAAUUCUUAAAAUGUAGAAGAUGCAUUUAG